AUGGAUACAUCCUUGGCCACGGUCAAGGAAGAGGAGGGUUCCAAGGAAUACGCUAUUACGCGAAGGAGUCUUAGACUCCAAACUAAGACGCUUGAGCUUGGGGAGGGCACCAUAACAUCCGUCAUAUCGACCGCAGCAGUGACACUCAGGGGGCCGAGGGGAGUGCGCGGGGGAGCCAGGGAGAAAAGGUUGGAGAGGACGGAGGAAAAGAAGAGCAAAAGGAUUCCAGCGGGAGUCUCUGGACAAACGUGGCCGCCGCUUAGUGCGGAAAGGUUCGGAAUAGUGCAAGAGGAGUUAGCGCACAAUCCAUUCCAACUCAUUGUUUCUACGAUAUUUCUAAACCGAACUCGCGGAUCCGUCGCAAAACCAUUCCUCUGGCGAUGCCUGGAAACCUGGCCCACUCCCGAAAAGCUCUCCGAAGCAUCCCUCCCAGAAUUAACUGCUCUCCUCCAGCCCCUAGGCCUCCACAACAUUCGCGCAGCGCGCCUAAUUUCUCUCGCAAAAACCUGGAUUACCCGCCCCCCAAUUCCAUUCCAUGGCACGGUAAAGUACAACUACCCAGCCCGGGAUACAAUACCAUUCCCUCUACCGGAGUACGACGGACCGAAAUGGGGCGUUGAACAAAAUUACCGAUGGGAAAUCGGACAUUUGCCGGGCGUAGGCGCAUAUGCGUUGGAUAGUUGGAGGAUUUUCUGCUGCGACGAGUUCAGAGGGAUUGAAGAUAAGGAUGAGUGGAGGCGGGUUGUGCCGAAGGAUAAGGAGUUGAGGGCUUAUUGUCGGUGGAGGUGGGCGAAGGAGGGGAUUCGGUGGAAAGAGGAGACUGAUGAGCUUGUGAAAGUUGAGGGGAGGGAUUGCUUUAGGGAGGGGAUUGAUGACAGGUGA